ACCAGCCGUUGUUGUAACUAUUGUCACUAGCAGAAACAUCUCAUGAUGAUGAAGCACCAACCCCCGACCACACAAAGUUUUCUAGUCGUAGUUGCAAAUCCUCUAUCAUCACUAGGAGGAGGAGAGCACAGCGUUAUCUCCUAAAAGCAGAACUGUUCUGAAGAAUUUUUUAAGCACCUAUCUAACGUCAUCAGUUCGAAAUGGCAAUAAUUGAUAGAAUCGUGAAAAUAUAAAACUUCUCAAAUGGGCCAAAACGUGUCCGAGGACCAUUAGAGCUAGUUAGUCCAACUUGUGGUCCCCGGUGGAAAGACGAACUCCUUCCUUGGCCUGUCCUGAACCCAACAUUUGAAUGGAUAUCUACGACUACACCAAAGUUGUGGAUUUUAAAUGCAUCUGCACAGUCCAUGGCACCACCAACUCCAAGACUGGUAGUACCAAUAGACCUAAACAAGAGGCCUUGGGACCAAACGCUUCCUCUCCAUAACCGAUGGCACCCUGGCAUACCCCCUGCUGCAGAUAUUGUUACUGGAGAAGUCUUUAGGGUAGAAAUGGUAGACUGGACUGGAGGUUCUAUUAAAGAUGACAAUUCAGCACUAGACAUAAAACUCAUGGACCUCUCUACUGUCCACUAUCUAAGCGGGCCAAUUAGAAUUUUGGAUGAAGAUGGGACCCCAGCGAAGCCGGGAGAUCUGCUGGCAGUUGAAAUAUGCAACUUGGGUCCGCUACCUGGAGAUGAAUGGGGUUAUACUGCAAUAUUUGACAGAGAAAAUGGGGGUGGUUUCUUGACUGAUCAUUUUCCUUGCGCAUCAAAGGCUAUAUGGUACUUUGAAGGGAUAUAUGCCCAUUCCCCUCAAAUCCCUGGUGUGAGGUUUCCAGGUUUAACUCACCCAGGGAUAAUUGGAACCGCACCUUCAAUGGAACUCCUCAACAUCUGGAAUGAAAGGGAGAGAGACGUCCAAACAAAUGGGCUCCAAUCAUACAAACUCUGCGAGGUUUUGCAUUCCCGACCUUUGGCAAACUUACCAUCACCAGAAGGAUGUCACCUUGGAAAGAUCCAAAGGGGCACGCCUGACUGGGAGAGGAUUGCAAAGGAAGCCGCAAGGACAAUUCCAGGAAGAGAAAAUGGUGGGAAUUGUGACAUCAAGAAUCUCAGCAGAGGUUCCAAGAUAUACCUUCCGGUAUUUGUUGAGGGAGCAAACCUUAGCACUGGCGACAUGCACUUUUCUCAGGGAGAUGGCGAGGUUUCAUUCUGCGGCGCAAUAGAGAUGAGUGGUUUCCUAGAACUGAAGUGUGAAAUUAUAAGGGGAGGAAUGAAAGAGUACCUGACACCAAUGGGGCCUACACCUCUUCAUGUGAACCCAAUAUUUGAGAUCGGUCCGGUGGAGCCAAGAUUCUCAGAGUGGUUGGUUUUUGAGGGAAUCAGUGUGGAUGAAAGUGGGAGGCAACACUUCCUGGAUGCGAGCGUUGCCUACAAGCGAGCAGUGCUCAAUGCCAUUGACUACCUAUCCAAAUUUGGCUACUCUAAAGAACAGAUGUACCUGUUACUGUCUUGCUGCCCGUGCGAGGGAAGAAUCUCGGGGAUAGUGGAUGCCCCUAAUGCAGUUGCAACCCUAGCUAUUCCAACUGCAAUCUUUGACCAGGAUAUUCGUCCUAAAAAGAACAAGGUGCCACUUGGACCUCGCUUGGUUAGGAAACCGGAUGUUUUCAAAUGCACUUAUGACGGGAGUUUGCCCAUCACCAAGAACCCCAGUGCUAUGUGAUGACUUAAAUUAACCGUUCAAAUCUGGAAAACAAGAAGGCGCGAUCGGAACUUUAUCACGUAGGUACUUCAACUAAAAUAUAUGGAAAAAAGUACUAAUGUUCAUGGUCAUAAUGGAGAAAUCCCCAAAGAAUUGCUAUUAUUUGGCAUUAUGUAAUGUUGAACAACGCUUGAGAAGCAUUAUGUCAAAGGUGAGUAUCAUAUGCA